AUUGGGGCGGAGUCAGGCCGAGCUUCCGCUAGCGCCCAACUCAGUUCCCCAGCGCGUCACAUCACCUAAAACUACAAUUCCCAGAAAUCAAGCGAGGGUCGUCCAAACUCUCUUUUUCUGAUAUUUCCAUUGGCUUUCGAUGGCUGCGCCCGACCAAUCAUAUAUGGGCUCUUUGGCGGAAGCCAAAAUGGUCGUGCUUCCUGGCUAGAGGAAACACUUUCCGGCGUGUGUGUCUGUUGUGGUUGAACUUCUUCAGCGAAAGACCUCGCGAUUGGGACGAAGGGACUAGAGAAAAAGGGGUAGUCGGGUGGCGAGAGCGUGUGUGUGGGGGAAGUGAGGGGAUCCCUGAACUGAGAGGCUGCUGCUGACAGCCAGAGCCUGUUUAACCCCUUGCUGCCUGGUCAGCCCCAGUCUCAGGGCUGCCCCAUUCUGGAGCUGGGGGCUGGGCGAGAAGCGGGGAGACCCCGUGGUGGCCCCCACCCCCGCAACCAGGCCAGCCUCAUCUCUCGGGCCCUGAUCCGGCCUCCCCUUGUCCCCACCGCCUCAAAGUGGAGCCAUGAAGGUGGUGAAUCUGAAGCAGGCUAUCCUGCAGGCGUGGAAGGAGCGAUGGAGCGACUAUCAAUGGGCUAUCAACAUGAAGAAAUUCUUUCCCAAGGGAGGCCACCUGGACAUCCUCAAUCUGGCAGAAGCUCUACUGGAGCAGGUGAUCGGACCGUCCCCCAACCCUCUCAUUCUGUCGUACCUGAAGUAUGCCAUCAGCUCCCAGAUGGUGUCUUACUCGACGGUACUUACAGCUAUCAGCAAGUUUGAUGAUUUUUCUCGUGACCUCUGUAUCCAGGCCCUACUGGAAAUCAUGGACAUGUUUUGUGACCGGCUAAGUUGUCAUGGCAAGGCAGAGGAGUGCAUAGGUCUGUGCCGUGCUCUCCUCAGUGCCCUUCAUUGGCUGCUUCGAUGCACCAUUGCCUCGGCAGAGCGACUUCGGGAGAGCCUCGAGAUGGGAACCACAACAGGGGAGAAACAACUCACCAUGUGUCUUCAGCGAUUGAACAAGAUCCUCAGCAGUACCAAGAAUCGAGCCUUGCUGCAUAUCGCCAAACUGGAGGAAGCCUCUUCCUGGGCAGCCAUUGAGCAGUCACUAUUGAAGCUUGGGGAGACCUUUGCCAGCCUCAGCAACUCCCAUCUCCAGGGUCAAGCAGAAGAGUGUGGAGCACUUAUUAGAAGCAUCCCCAUCAUGCUAUCUAUGCACUCAGAGCAGCUGCACAAGACUGGGUUCCCCACCGUGCAUGCUGUGGUCCUCCUGGAGGGCACCAUGAACCUGACAGGAGAGAUGCAGCCAUUGGUUGAACAGCUCAUGAUGGUGAAGAGGAUGCAGCGUAUUCCUUCCCCACUCUUUGUCCUUGAAAUCUGGAAAGCUUGUUUUGUGGGUCUCAUUGAAUCUCCUGAGGGCACCGAGGAGCUCAAGUGGACAGCCUUCACUUUCCUCAAGAUCCCUCAGGUCUUGGUGAAACUGAAGAAAUACCCUCAGGGGGACAAGGACUUCACUGAGGAUGUCAACUGUGCCUUUGAGUUCCUGCUGAAGCUCACACCCUUGCUAGACAAGGCUGACCAUAGGUGCAACUGUGACUGUAUCAACAUGCUCCUCCAGGAGUGUAGUAAACAAGGACUGCUCUCUGAGGAGAAUGCAAGCAGCCUGAUGGCCAAGCGUGCAGCUGACCGAGAACAUGCCCCUUGGUUGAAAUCAGCUGAAAAUGCCAACAUCCAGCCCAAUCCAGGGCUGAUUCUUCGAGCAGAGCCCACAGUCACUAACAUUCUUAAGACAAUGGAUGCAGAUCAUUCCAAGUCCCCAGAAGGACUGUUGGGGGUUCUUGGUCACAUGCUUUCUGGGAAGAGCCUGGAUUUGCUGUUAGCUGCUGCUGCUGCCACUGGAAAAAUCAAGUCCUUUGCCCGAAAAUUCAUUAACUUGAAUGAAUUCACGAAGCACAUCAGUGGUGAAAGCUCCAAAUCAGGGUCGGUCCGUGCACUGCUCUUUGACAUCUCCUUCCUCAUGUUGUGCCAUGUGGCCCAGACCUAUGGGUCAGAGGUCAUUCUGUCAGAAUCGAGCACCGUGGGUGAAGUGCCCUUCUUUGAGACCUGGAUGCAGACGUGUAUGCCCGAGGAGGGCAAGAUCCUGAAUCCCGACCACCCCUGCUUCCGGCCUGACUCCACCAAGGUGGAAUCCCUGGUUGCCUUGCUCAACAACACCUCUGAAAUGAAGCUGGCGCAGAUGAAGUGGCAUGAGGCCUGUCUCAGCAUCUCAGCUGCCAUCUUGGAGAUUCUGAAUGCCUGGGAGAAUGGAGUGCUGGCUUUUGAGUCCAUCCAGAAAAUCACAGACAACAUCAAGGGAAAGGUGUGCAGCCUGGCAGUGUGUGCUGUUGCUUGGCUUGUGGCCCAUGUCCGGAUGCUAGGCCUGGAUGAGCGUGAGAAAUCACUGCAGAUGAUUCGACAGCUGGUAGGGCCUCUCUGCAGUGAGAAUACCCUGCAGUUCUACAAUGAGAGGGUGGUGAUCAUGAGCUCAAUACUGGAGCACAUGUGCGCUGAUGUUCUACAGCAGACAGCCACACAGAUUAAGUUCCCAUCUACUGGCAUGGAUACAAUGCCCUAUUGGAACCUCCUGCCCCCCAAAAGACCUAUCAAGGAGGUGUUGACAAGCAUCUUUGCAGAGGUUCUAGAGAAGGGCUGGGUGGAUAGCCGGUCCAUCCAUGUCUUUGACACCCUGCUGCAUAUGGGUGGUGUUUACUGGUUCUGCAACAAUUUGGUCAAGGAGCUGCUAAAGGAGACUAGAAAGGAGUAUACCCUUCGAGCUGUGGAGCUGCUCUAUUCCAUCUUCUGCCUAGACAUGCAGCAGGUUACCCUGAUCCUGCUGGGCCAUGUCCUUCCUGGCCUUCUCACAGAUUCUGCCAAAUGGCAUAGCCUCAUGGAUCCCCCUGGAACAGCCCUGGCCAAGCUGGCAGUGUGGUGUGCCCUGAGCUCAUACUCAUCUCACAAGGGGCAGGCAUCUUCCCGACAGAAGAAGAGACACCGUGAGGACAUUGAGGACUACAUCAGCCUCUUCCCCUUGGAUGAUACACAGCCAUCAAAGUUAAUGCGACUUCUGAGUUCCAACGAGGACGAUGCCAAUGUUCUGUCUAGCCCCACUGACCGGUCCAUGAGCAGUUCCCUCUCAGCCUCUCAGCUGCACACAGUCAAUAUGAGAGACCCUUUGAACCGGGUCCUUGCAAACUUGUUCCUGCUCAUCUCCUCCAUCUUGGGGGCCAGGACAGCAGGUCCUCACACCCAAUUUGUGCAGUGGUUCAUGGAGGAGUGUGUGGACUGCCUGGAGCAGGGCAGCAGAGGCAGCAUCCUGCAGUUCAUGCCUUUCACCACUGUAUCGGAAUUGGUCAAGGUGUCAGCCAUGUCCAGCCCCAAGGUGGUUCUGGCCAUCACAGACCUCAGUCUUCCUCUGGGCCGACGGGUGGCUGCCAAAGCCAUCGCUGCACUCUGAGGAACUGGAGGAGGCAAAGUUCUUUUUUUUUUUUUUAAUUUUUGAUUAAGUUUGAGGGAUGGAGGAAACUGAGCAACUGAGAGACCAAGGAGCUCUCCUAGUGUGGUGACUGAGUAUUAAUCAGGGAGCACUUUCUGGAGGACGCCAGUGUCCCUCCUCUUAGCGCUUCCCCCUGCCCCUUACCAAGAAUUUCCGUUUCUGCUUCCAAUGGCUGCCUUGGGCAUUGGUGCUUCGGUGGGCCUCUGUUACCAGGUGGAUGAGGUCCCAUUCCUCAGGGCUGGGCUCUGGCCGCUGCUGCAGCGAGCGGAUCAUCUCUUCCUUGCGCCGCCGCUCCCGGUUCUCCUCAAUCAGCUUUCUCUUUGCCACCCGUUUGGAAUCAUCCAGGACCACUGUAGAAGCAGAAUGACAGUCCCUCCCAUCUGUCCUGCACUCUCACCUCCAGUCACACAACAGAGUCAGGAGACCUGAGUUUGAAUCUUGCUGCAGACACUUGCUAGCUGGGGAAACGUGCCCUGACUGCCUUCCCUCCUUGCCUCUGCCUCCUGCAAUACCUGGCUUCUUUCAGAACCCAACUCAGGUGCCAACUUCUUCACGAGGCUUUUCCUGAUCUGACCCCCUCCCAAGUUGUUAUUUCUCCUCAUUCCCUUUUUAAAUUACUUUGUAUUUAUUUGUGUGUAUACUGUAUCUCUGCCCCAUAACCUCCAUAACCAGCAGAAUAUAAGUCCCUUGAGAGCUGGGCCUGUUUUCGUUUUUCUAUUCCACUGCUUAGCACAGCAUCUUACACAAAUUUUCAGACCAAAUCUGUGAUUUCAUUGGCAUAGGGAACUGCUGGUGAGGACAUUCAAGGCUGGGUGGCACAGUGGAUGAUGGGCUGUUGGACUUGGAGUCAGGAAGCCCUGAUUUCAAAUCCUGCCUCAGACACUUCCUGGCUGUGUCAUCCUGGGCAAGUCACUUACCCUCUCUCAGCCUCACUUUCCUCCUCUGUAAAUGGGGAUAACAACACACCCACCUCACAAGAUAGAUGUGGAGAUCAGAUGGGAUAAGAAUGCAGAGAACUUUGCCAGUCUGAAAGAAAUGCCAGCUAGUCAACUCUCUCCUCAUGGAGAUUGACACCUGCUCUGCCAACCUGUAAUCUUAGAGAGUCUUUAUAAAGAGAUCGAUUGGGCAUUGAAAGGUUCAAUGACUAGUCCAGGGUCACAGAACUAGCCAGUGUGUCAAAGGCAGAACUUGAACCCAGGACUUCCUGACUAAGGCUGGCUUUUUAUCUACUUCACCAUGCUGCCUCUCCAUCUUACAUCUG